GUUUCGUGAGCGCGCACGCUAGUUCCAUAGAAUAUUCUGGCUCCUCGACGGCUUCCGCAAGAGAAACACAUCGUCCGGCAUGUUAUUUUAGUUUUUUUUCCCAUGCUUUCGUGAAUUGUGCUGAUAUUCUCAACAGGUGCGAUGCAGCAGACGCUGACUCCUCACGUCUACUGGGCUCAGCGGCAUGAGGACAUCUACCUGCGAGUGGAGCUGAUUGACGCGCAGAAUCUUGACAUCAGCGUGCAUGAUAAUGUCCUCCAAUUCAGGGCCCAGGGCCAUGGAGCAAGAGGACAUAAUGAUUAUGAGUUUAGUCUGCCGUUUCUUAAUGCUGUGAAGACAGAGGUGAGCCACAGGUCGACCCAACGCCAGGUGAACAUCACAGUGCGUAAGCAGCUGAGUGGCUGGUGGGACAGACUCACCCUACAGGAGAAGAAACCUCUGUUCCUGGCUCCUGACUUCGACCGCUGGAUGGACGAGUCUGACGCUGAGAUGGAGCUACGGGAGAAGGAGAAGAAAAAGAAUCGACUGAACAUGGAGUCAAGGCUGUCAGAGGACUCAUACAUCACUCUGAAGAAAGCUUUUCUGUUCACCUACAACCUGGUUCAGUUCUUGGGCUUCUCCUGGAUCUUCGUCAACAUGACCAUCCGACUCUUUAUACUGGGACAAGAUUCUCUCUAUGACACAUUCUACACCAUCUCCGACGUGAUGUUUUUCUGCCAAAUAUUAGCCAGUGUAGAAGUCCUCAAUGCUAUGUUUGGAGUGGUCAAGGCUGCGGUGGUUCCUGCUUUUAUACAGGUGAUUGGUAGGAACUUCAUCCUCUUCAUCAUCCUCGGCAGCCUGCAGGAGAUGCACAACAAACCAGUGGUCUUCUUUGUCUUCUACCUCUGGAGCGCUAUAGAGAUCUUUAGGUAUCCAUUCUACAUGCUGGGUUGUAUCGACACAGAGUGGAAGACGAUCACCUGGCUGAGGUACACGGUCUGGAUACCCCUGUACCCCCUGGGGGUGCUGGCUGAAGGUGAGUUUACGGGGACAUUGUCGGGAUACCCCUGUACCCCCUGGGGGUGCUGGCUGAAGUGGUUGCAGUGGUCCAGUCCAUCUCAGUGUUUGACCAGAGCAGACUGUUCAGUAUCCCUCUACCUGAGGCCCUGGGCUCCUCUGCCAGCUUCUCCUGUGUCCUCUAUAUCUACCUACCUCUCAUGGUCAUCGGGCUUCUCAUCAAUUUCCGCCACCUGUACAAACAGAGGAGGAAGAGGUUCCGGACCAAGAAGAGGAAGUCUAACUGACAUUUUUUUUUUUAAAUCUUUGACCUCCAACAACCUCUGCUGCCAUCAUCUCAUCUAGGUUGACUAAAUCCCAGUAUUUUCUGUUGUAGUAUGAUGUUUUCCUGCUAACAAACGUCCUCAGGGGAAAGUCACAUAAGAUGUAUGUUUUUGUCACGUCAAUUAAUAUGCUGAAUAAAAAUGAGCAGUUCCACUUCCUGGGUAAAUUGUGUAAGAUUAAUAAAAAUACUCAUCGUUGGAAAAAAGAAA